GACACGGGGAAUUUUUAGGCUAAUAAUGCCGGUGUCUUUACCCGACACGACACCGAGAAGCAAAACCUCCUAAGUUCUAUUUCAUGUGAAGAAGUUGGAGUAAACGAAGGCAUUCCUAAUUCCACGAAGCUCAGGUUCGUGAGAUAUCACUCCUGGAACAGUUCUGAUAAUUCCUCUCUGAGAGGUUUAAGUAGGAAAGAGUUGUUUUCCUAGAGCAACUUCCAUCUCAGUUGCUUCUCAUUACUGUCGUAAAUAGAGAUAAAGCCAUGCAAAAGGAUCACAGUGUCAGUGCCCCUUCAACUCCUACAGGUCGGCUUCGGCACCGCAAGCGGUCAAAUGAGGUUCCUUUGGAGGCGAGCAAAGCAAAUGGAAGUCACUUACUUGUUGACGAUCGAAACAAAUACAGGUCAAUGUUGAUCCGUGCAUAUUCAUCCAUCUGGAUGAUUGGAGGAUUUGCAUUUGUUAUCUAUAUGGGUCAUCUCUAUAUUUGGGUGAUGGUUGUUGUUAUCCAAAUAUUUAUGGCAAGCGAACUUUUCAAUCUACUCAGGAGAUCUCAUGAAGACAGGCAACUUCCAGGGUUCAGGCUUUUAAACUGGCAUUUUUUCUUCACGGCAAUGCUUUUUGUAUAUGGCCGCAUUCUCAGUCAACAGCUUGUCAACACUGUAACUUCAGAUAAAUUCUUGAUUCGACUUGUAGGUGGACUUGUGAAAUAUCAAAUGGCUAUUUGUUACUUCUUAUAUAUUGCAGGAUUUAUGUGGUUCAUUCUUACGUUGAAGAAGAAGAUGUACAAGUAUCAAUUUGGCCAAUAUGCAUGGACACAUAUGAUUCUAAUUGUGGUGUUUACACAGUCCGCCUUCACAGUAGCAAAUAUUUUUGAAGGAAUCUUCUGGUUUCUUCUUCCAGCAUCACUUAUUGUAAUCAAUGAUAUUGCUGCCUACUUUUUUGGUUUUUUCUUCGGUAGAACACCUUUAAUCAAGUUGUCUCCGAAGAAAACUUGGGAGGGUUUUAUUGGAGCAUCUGUUACAACUAUCAUCUCUGCCUUCAUGUUAGCGAAUAUCAUGGGGCGUUUUCAGUGGCUAACAUGUCCAAAGAAGGAUUUAUCAACUGGUUGGCUUCACUGUGAUCCUGAUCCACUCUUCAAACCAGCAUUUUAUUUUUUGCCUGUUUGGGUUCCUCAAUGGUUUCCAUGGAAAGAGGUAUCAAUCUUGCCAGUGCAAUAUCAUGCUCUAGCUCUUGGUCUAUUCGCAUCUAUCAUAGCACCUUUUGGAGGAUUUUUUGCGAGUGGUUUUAAGAGAGCUUUCAAAAUCAAGGAUUUUGGUCAUAGCAUUCCGGGACAUGGUGGGAUUACUGACAGAAUGGAUUGCCAGAUGGUGAUGGCUGUGUUUGCAUAUAUUUAUCAUCAGUCAUUUGUUGUGCAUGAAAGCUAUUCAGUGGAGAUGAUCUUGGAUCAGAUAUUGAGGAACCUUACUUUCGAGGAGCAACUGGCUUUGUAUACGAAGCUUGGGCAUAUUUUUCAGGAUAGAGAAAUUGGACGACACUAGAGGUGUAAUAUGUUAAUUGUAGCUUUAACUUGAUACUUUCUCGGGGCACAUUCUGUAAAUGGUGUUCUGCUUUUUUGUGGAACCACCUUUGAAUGCAUAAAAAUGCCUGUCGACAAAGAAAAGGUUUAUGUAUAAUUCUAAUUUCCAAAUUGUUUAUUCAUGCUUGGUUAAGUGUA